AUGUAUGUGAAAAGGCUCCUACUGAGCAUCUUCCUUCUGAGUUUCAUCAAUGGAGCAGCAACUGAUCCGUAAGUUUAAUAAGAUUUCUGUGAGAUCCAUUGAUAUAGCUGGGAGAAUUAAUCAAAGACAAAUUUCACACACAGAUAAGAACACGAAAUACAGUACGUGUACUAAUUAGGCAUGUGCAAAAAUUCCUUUGGACCGGUUCAUCCAAAUCAAGGCUGUUAAUCCAUAUCUGGACAAAUCGUUCCAUCUGGGAUUUAAUUGUUGAUAAUUAUUUAAUGAAUAAGACUUCACAGGGGAAUCACAGACACGUCCACUCAUCCAAAUAUUAAUUAAAAAGCAUUUGUUUUGGACAAACCAUUCUGAACUAAUUUAAGUACAAGUUUAGCACUAAUUAUAAAGGUGGAAUUUUGAGGACUGUAAUAUAUAUAUAUGUAUGUAUGUGUUUACCUAACUGAUACCAAACUGUUCAUUUAUGGUACAUGGGUUAUAAAGUAUAUAUAUAUUAUUUAUGAGGCAUGUUCCCCCUAAGGAUUAUUAAUUGUGAAUGUUUGUAUUUUAGAAUUUUAUGACAUAACAAAACCUCAUCAUAUAUCUUCUCUAUGUCUACAGUACUUAUUUAUUGACCAUCCCUGCCUUGCUGGUUGCAAACGAUACAGGGAAUGUCUGUUUGAACAUCAUCAGCAACAAGCAAUCCCUCCAUGCAACCAUCCAACUACAGUAUGAUUUUGAAAACAUCACCAUUCUUGACGAGGAGGCCAUAGUGUCUAAUUUCUUCCAAUGCAACACAUUUAAUGUGAGUCUGUAACUGCUAACCCCUCUGGUUCCAUGUUUAUUGACUUUAAGUAAACCUGUGAUCUACGGGGAGAUUUCAACGGCACAAUGUCUCACCAGAGGGCUAAACAUAAUCUGCUCCUUAUAUUUGACAUAAUAAAAAUGGGCAGGUUAGGUAAUCUAAUCAAUUUAACCAGAAAACCUCCUUUUCUAGCUAUCUUAUUCUAGCUAUAAACACAUACUUCGUCAGACUGUACCCUCUCUGUUACGUUCCAUCCACAAGAAGAACUAUAAGUAGGACACUGAAUAGAUUAUAUAUAGAAAGAAUAUCAGCUAAAUCCUGCGUCCCUUCAGGUCUCUUCUUAACACUCUAUCCUCAGGUAUUCAUACACAGAGCUGGAUUAAAGGGACACUAUAGUCACCUGAACAACUUUAGCUUAAUGAAGCAGUUUUGGUGAAUAGAACAUGCCCCUGCAGCCUCACUGCUCAAUCCUCUGCCAUUUAGGAGUUAAACCCCUUUGUUUAUGAACCCUAGCCACACCUCCCUGCAUGUGACUUGCACAGCCUUCCAUAAACACUUCCUGUAAAGAGAGCCCUAUUUAGGCUUUCUUUAUUGCAAGUUCUGUUUAAUUAAGAUUUUCUUAUCCCCUGCUAUGUUAAUAGCUUGUGAGACCCUGCAAGAGCCUCCUGUAUGUGAUUAAAGUUCAAUUUAGAGAUUGAGAUACAAUUAUUUAAGGUAAAUUACAUCUGUUUGAAAGUGAAAUCAUUUUUUUUUUCAUGCAGGCUCUGUCAAUCAUAGCCAGGGGAGGUGUGGCUAUGGCUGCAUAAACAGAAACUAUGUGAUUUAACCCCUUGACGACCGUCAUAACGGUCUGGGGCUACUAACCUGAUCGCCGUCGGUCCCCCGGGCAGUCUCCCCUCGGCAGAUCAGGACCCCGCGGCCACGUGAUCACUCGAUCACAUGACCACAAUAGGUGUCUGUGUAUCUGCCUGCAGGGGGACUGUCUGUGCUGAGAGGCAGUCGCCCUGCAAGGGAAAAAUCUAAAAUAAAGUUACAAAAUAAAGCAAUCAGUGUAAAAAAUAAUAAUAUGUAUAUAUAUCAUAUAUAUAAUGUCAUACUAAGUGUAUUUUUAUAUUUGUAUAUACGUAUAUUAAUAUAAAAAUACACUUUUAAUUUAAAUUACACACGUAUACAUACAAUAUAUAUAAUAACUGUAUACGUUGUAUGUAUAUAUUAUUAUAAAUUAUAAAUAAUAUGUUAAUAAAAAUAAAUAACAAAAAGUUAAAAUAAUUUUUAAUAAUUAAAAAAAUGAUAUGUAUAUAUAUAUAUGUGUGUAAUUUUAUUCUAACAGUAUUUUGAUAUUAAUAUAUAUAUAUUUACAUCAAAAGACACUUAGAAUGUAAUGACAUAUAUAUCUAUGUAUAAAUAAAUAAAUACAAAUAAUAAGAAAUAUACAUGUUCCAUAUACAUAAUUACAUAAAUAAUUUCAUAAAUAUACACGUAGACGUCAAAUAUAUAAAUAUGUAUAUAUUAAAAUUCUACGUGCUUAUUUAUGUAAUAUUUUUACCUAAUUAAGUAAUUUUAAUGAUUGCAAUUUGAGGGACCUGCCUGCCAACCCAGGCCGAAAGUCCAGAGAAUUUACUUUGCUAGCACUGUGUUUAACCCUGUAACUUUCUAUGACACCCUAAAACCUGUACAUGGGGGGAACUGUUUUACUCAGGAGACAUCGCUGAACACAAAUAUUAGUGUUCCAAAACAGUAAACCAUAUCACAGCGAUGACAUUGUCAGUGAAAGUGACGUUUUUUGCAUUUUUCACACACAAACGGCACUUUCACUGAUGAUAUUAUUGCUGUGAUACAUUUUACUGUUUUGAAACACUAAUAUUUGUGUUCAGCAAAGUCUCCUGUGUAUAACAGUACCCCACAUGUAAAGGUUUUAUAGUGUUUGUGAAAGUUACAGGGUCAAAUAUAAGGCUUGAUUUUACUUUUUUUUUUGAGAUUUGUCAGAUUGGUUAGGUUGCCUUUGAGAGCGUACGGUAGCCCAGGAAUGAGAAUUACCCCUAUGAUGGCAUACCAUUUGCAAAAGAAGACAACCCAAGGUAUUGCAAAUGGGGUAUGUUCAGCCUUUUUUAGUAGCCACUUAGUCACAAACACUGGCCAAAGUUAGCGUUUUUUGCAUUUUUUACACACAAAUAUUAACACUAACUUUGGCCAGUGUUUGUGACUAAGUGGCUACUAAAAAAGAUUGGACAUAUCCCAUAUUGAAUACCCUGGGUUGUCUAUAAAAAUAUGUAAAUGUGGGGUGUGAUUCGGCUAUUUAUGACUGAUAACGGUGUUACAAUGUCACUAUUGAUAAAUUUAAAAUACAUAUAUAUUGAAACAGUAAUUUCCUACUUGUAUUUAUAGGCCUAUAACUUGCAAAAAAAAGCAAUAAGUCAUGUAAACACUGGGUGUUUUUAAACUCGGGACAAAAUAUUGAAUCUAUUUAGCAGUUUUUUUCAUUAGCUUUUGUAGAUAAGUAAAAGAUUUUUCAAGUAAAAGUCCAAAAACUUUAUUUUUUUCAAUUUUUCUCGAUAUUUUUUUUUUUUAAAUAAAAUAUAUGACAUGAUACAAAUUAUGGGAUGUAAAGAAAGCCCUUCUUGUACUGAAAAAAAUAAUAUGUAACUUGUAUGGGAACCGUAAAUGAGAGAGAGGAAAAUUACAGCUAAACACAAACACCACAAAAGUGUCAAAACUGCUCUGGUCCUUAAUGUACAACAUCGCAAAAACAGGCCGGUCCUUAAGGGGUUAACUCCUAAAUGACAGUGAAUUGAGCCGUGAAAUUGCAGGGGAAUGAUCUAUGUUUUGUGUAUAUAUCCCCCUAUCUCCUGCUGUCCUUACUUGGUGGUAAAGUGAAGGGUGAACUGGAUCCCACGCGGUCCAAUGGGGGAGACUUGUGAUGUGAACGUGCAUCAACAUCACAUACAAACACAUACAAACACAUACAAACACAUACAAACACAUACAAACAACUUUAAGAGUUCCCAUGGCCGUCCCCCAGCACUUCUUGGUGAUUUAAAGUACCAGAACCACGUUGGCACAAGUAUACAUUUUUACAUUUGAUUUUGGCAAAAUAACUACAGUCAUUGCUUGGGAGACAAGGCAUGUAGUCCCAGGACCACAUAUUAUGCAAAGUGCAUAAAUAGUUUCAAAGGAACAAGGAAAUGACAUAAAAUAAAAUAUAUAUAUAUACAUUUCUUCUUAAAGGAACACUUUGGUGUUAGGAAUACAAAGAUAUAGUCCUAACACUAAUAUGUUCUUCUGCUCCCGCAGCCUCUUUACAGCGUUGUAUAGGAUUAAAUAACCCUUAGCUGUCUGGUAGACAGGCACCAGAGGCAGUCUUAGAUCCACAAUGUAAACAUUACAGUUUCUCUAAAACUAGUGUCGUACAUUUCAGAACUAAGGGGACAGGGACGCUGCUCCUAGACCACUUCAAUUAGAUGAACCUAAAACAGCCAGUCUAAGCACCAAAACUACUUCAGCUUACUAAACUGGUAAUGGUGCCAGGGCCCUGUCCCUGCAGUCUGACAUCUUGAAUAUUAAUGCAUUUUCUGUGAGUAGACAAAUCCCAUCAGGCAGCCAGAAUUCUCUCCCAGGUUGCCUUAAUUCUAUAUAACGUCUGCUAAGAAUGCCCACACUCUACGCACACAAGUAUGAAGGAUUCUUCCAUCUCCCCCGGGCAAUGGGACCAGGCUGUACCGAGCGUGAUAGCAGUUGGGGUUUACAGGUUUAGCCUCUUUUAGUUGUGCAACAUUAGAUCUUUCGAGGUAAGUGUAUAUUGCUAUUUUCUUUUAGGUUAUUUUAGUGCAAAAAAUCUUUAUAAUGCAUUAUAGAUCUAAUAUUUAGAGUCUCUGCAAACCCCUUAAUGCUCUUAAUAAUGUAUUAAAAGGUUCUUAAAAGCGUUGUGAAGGUUUUCUGUCUGAUCUUUAAUAUUUGUUGCGUUACAUUAUGUGAAACACACAUUCCAGAGUGGGAUAUCCUCAGAUGUCCUCUGUCUUCUUCCUCUCUUAGGUUCCGUCAGUGGAGACUAAUACCCCUGUGUUUGUGUAUAUGGUUAUCUCUGGAGAAGAUUAUAAUAUCGAGAAACGCAAGUCGGUGGUGAUACAGCCAUUCGGUGAUAACACAUACGCCCAAUUUGACAAACCUUUGUACCAGCUGGGAGACCUAGGUAAUCACACCGAGAAUGGGGAUUUAUGGCACUGACUCAUACUGCGCCCCUGGUGAUGUUUAUAAUUAAAUCUCAAUCUGUCACAGUCAUGUCCCCUAAAUACUGCCGAAAGGCAGGGGUCCUUAAUGGACUGGUCAUUCCAGAAAACCAAGUGAUGGUAAUCUUAAAUAAAAUGUUCUUCUUCCGCAGUGAAAUUCCAUGUGUUCUGUCUCAAUCACAAGCUGCUGCCUCAGAACAAGACGGUGAGUUAAUGUCCGUGUACUGAGGGUGAGUGAGAGCAUGUUAAUGUAUUAAGUGUGAGUGUGCUCUGCAGUUAAUGUCCCUGUACUGAGGGUGAGUGAGAGCAUGUUAAUAUAAUAAGGGUGAGUGUGCUCUACUGUCAAUGGUCCUGUACUAAAGGCUAGUGUGCUCUUUUAGUUAAUAGCCCUGUGUCCUUUAGAUGAGGGACUCUUUGCUGUCUCAAUGAGUGGUCCCUUGAGUUUGAGAGAGCAUGUAAGUGGCCCUUCAAUCAGCAGGUGAAUAUUCAUGAUCUCCUUGGGUGCUGCAGUGGAGCGUGUGAGCGCAUAUUCUAUACAGGUAGUCCUGGCCAUGAGACAGCAGAGCACUUGCCCCUGUGAUACUAGCAAACCGGGUUUAUAGCCACAAGGAUUGUUUUGCUAGCCCAGCCCUUGGUUUGUGCUUGGUCAGACUGCUCACAGUUUCAAUGCUCUCUGGGGUAUCUCUUGGCUGCAGUAAGCAUCAAUGGAUGUUAAUUAGUAAUUAGAAGCAUUACAUCUGAACAAACUGAUCUUCAGGAAUUUUACCUUAUUCAUUUCAUUUUUGCACAAGUUUAUUCAUUGAAUGCGGGGGGAUUUUAGAGCAAAUAGUCAUAAACUGUACUGAUAUGUCUGUGUUUUCCUUGCAGUAUGCAGUAAUCUACAUCACGGUAAGAAACACGUCUCCUAAUUCUUUGUAAAAUAAUUUAUAUUGUUGCCUGGGGGGCAAUGUUAAUGCAUGAAAACUUGUAUUACCCGAAUAAGGCAUCUGAUUUACAUGACGAAUUAUCGGGAUGAUGUUUACAAUCUUCCAGAAAAACCUAAUUAUAAAAAUAUUUUGUGCAUCUAAUAUAAUAGUAUCAGUAAAAACCAUUUCACUAAUGACUUGGUGUGUAAGCCAUUGAUAGUAAAUACAGGGUAAUUACACGUUACAAAAGCAAUAUUAAGCUUACUGAAAGACAGGAGACUAUUCUAUAAACUAAUUCUCCAAUGACUAUGAAAAUAUAACCAACAAUGAAUAAAGAUUCACUAUAUUAAUAAAGAUACACACUCCAAGCGAAGCAAGAUAUGCAUGAUUCGUUUUUAGGAAGGUUAUGUCGUUUCCCCCCCACCAAAUAUAUAUUGCAUGGUCCUCAUACUAGAGUAUAUCCACUACCGUCUCAGUAAAGUAAUACUUCUUGGUUCAAAAAUAAUAUCAGGAAGUAUUCCAUUACUGAGAGGGUAGUGGGUGCAUGGAAUAGCCUUCCAGCUGAAGUGGUAGAGGUUAACACAGUAAAGGAGUUUAAGCAUGCGUGGGAUAGGCAUAAGGCUAUCCUAACUAUAAGAUAAGGCUAGGGACUAAUGAAAGUAUUUAGAAAAUCUGGCAGACUAGAUGGGCCGAAUGGGUCUUAUCUGCCGUCACAUUCUAUGUUUCUAUGUGUAUAUAGCAUGGUCCUGAUAACAGAGUGUAUAUGUAUGUGUGUGUAUGUAUAUAUAUAUAUAUACAUAGUACAGUACUGAUAAUAGAGUGUGUAUAUAGCACCGUCCUAAUAAUAGAGUGUGUAUAUAUAUAGCGUGGUCCUGAUAAUAGAGUGUGUAUAUAGCACCGUCCUGAUAAUAGAGUGUAUAUAUAUAGCGUGGUCCUGAUAAUAGAGUGUGUAUAUAGCACCGUCCUGAUAAUAGAGUGUGUAUAUAUAGCGUGGUCCUGAUAAUAGAGUGUGUAUAUAUAGCGUGGUCCUGAUAAUAGAGUGUGUAUAUAUAUAGCGUGGUCCUGAUAAUAGAGUGUGUAUAUAUAUAGCGUGGUCCUGAUAAUAGAGUGUGUAUAUAUAUAGCGUGGUCCUGAUAAUAGAGUGUAUAUAUAUAUAGCGUGGUCCUGAUAAUAGAGUGUGUAUAUACCGUAUGGUACUGGUACUGGAGUACAUAUAUUGUAUGGUCCUGGUAGUGCAUUAUAUAUAAAGCAUAUGUCUAGAAGUGGAGAAUACAUAUGGUUCCGAUACUGAAAGUUAAAGUGUGAGGUCAUUGUAUUGAAUGAGAUAAAACAGGCAUAGGCACUGCAGAUGUUUUGGACUACACCUCCCAUGAUGCUUUGCCAGCAUUAUGGGUAUAAGCGCAUUAUGGGGGAUGUACUCCAUAACAUGUGGAGUGCCAAAGGUUGCCUACCCUGAGAUGUGCUUGAUGUGUAUGUAGUAAUAUAGCAUGGUCCUGUGAUCUAUAGCGUCAAUAUUUCUUCUAUUAAUUUAAUAUUUCUUCCACAGGAUCCGAGCGGUAACCGCCUGGCCCAGUGGUUAGAUCAGACGUUGAAACACGGCAUUUUGGAAUUUCAAUUCCAGCUCGGAGACGAUGCUGCCCCAGGAUACUACACUAUUUACAGUGAAACAGAAACCUCUGAAUAUUCUAACUACAUCCAAUCAUUUCCAGUGCAGGAGUAUGGUACACAUCCUUAUUGUUUAUAUGACGGGUCCCUUUGGAUACAUUUAAGCAGCGAUAAUGGUCACAGUUAGAAAAAUACAUUUUAAAAAAUUGGUUCAUCUGAAUCUUUUCAUUUGAAAAUAAAAACCUAUUGACCAAUGUGAAUUUUGUCCAUGUAUUUGUUCAAUUUGUUUGAAUUCAAACAAACCGAUUUUCUUUUUAAUCUGUGUUUCUGUGUUUCAGUAAUACCCCGAUUUGAGGUGAAUGUAAUAGUCCCGAAUGCCAUAUCAGUAUUGGACAUCAAUUUCCUGUUUGAGGUCUUUGUCUUGUGAGUACAAACUGAACAAUAAAUUUUACUAUUCACUUCUAACCCAUUAUAAAUAAACUGUAAGGAGAAAUAUCAAGGAAUUCUGUGAAAUAAUUCUAAUUAAUAAUACUGUUAUUGUCAGAAUGUUGCUCAUAUUCUCUUUGGACAGAACACAAACUAUCAACAUUGUUUAAUCCAAUUCAGCAGAUUGUCGUGAUUAACAGACUCCAUGUUGGACAUAUUUCUUCUCCUUUCCCAGAUAUACAUAUGGUGACCCAGUCCCAGGUGUCGUCACAGCAAGAAUCUGCAGAUCUCCCGAGUACCGCUAUGGCCCAAAGAGUAACUGCUUUUACAACAUCGAUAUUUGUCAUGAUAUCACAGGCGCAGUGAGUAUCCACUUUUCAAUGGUUAGCUGCCGAGUCUGGGACUGCUGGAAGGCUGCAAAGCUAAUGGAAGCAUAUAACAUGUUACCAUUUCUCAUCAUACUAUAACACAUUGAUUGCUUUCCUUUCUUUUGUUGCCCUAAGCAGAUUGGGCCUAAUGGUACAUUCUCCAGUGUCGUCGAUCUACAUCAAUUCCACAUAAAUCUACAAGGAUUCCAGAUGGGGCUCAGUGUAGAACUCACUGUCGUGGAAGCAGGCACAGGUAAAGAUAGUUAUCUGAAUGUCCGGACCAACUAGACAAAGUAUUAACGCAAAAUAAAAAUAUGCAUUUCCUAUCUUACUGUCUGUUUUCUUAAAUAUACCAGAAGGUAACAUCCACAUGUCAUAGAAUACACACACACACUCGCUCGGUCUCUUUCUCUCUCCGUGUCCUAAAACCCACACACACACACACUCUCUCUCUGUCCUUCUCUCUCCGUGUCCUAAAACCCCCACACACUCUACCUCUCUCUUUUUCUCUCCAUGUCAUAAACCCCCCCCACACACACACUCUGCCUCUGUCUUUCUCUCUCCAUGUCAUAAACCCACCACACACACACUCUCUCUCUGUCUUUCUCUCUCCAUGUCAUAAAACCUGCACACACACUCUCGCUAUGUCUCUUUCACUCUCCAUCUCAUAACCCCCCCUCCACACACACACACACACACACUCUCAUUCUGCCUUUCUCUCUCCAUGUCAUAAAACCCACACAUACACACACACACACACACACUCCCUCUGUCACUGUCUCUCUCCAUGCCUUAACCCAUGUCUUAACCCCACACCUACAUACACACACACACACACCCCGGCCCUCCUUUGUCCCCUAAAUAUAGUAAAAUCUUACCCCUUAAACUUAUUCCAGUCUGCUGCUGGCACUGCCCCAGAUCUGCCUUCUUGGCUGUCAUUGUCAGCUAAGAUUGCUAAGGAGGCAGAUCAGGGGCAAAGCCAGCGCAAGUCAAAUACAGCCCUGGCCAAUCAGCAUCUCAUCAUAGAGGAUGCAUUGAAUCAAUGCAUCUCUAUGAGGAAAGUUCAGUGUCUCCAUGCAGAGGGUGGAGACACUGAAUGUCAGUCACGCUAUGCAGCUCUGCCCCAGGAAGCACCUCUAGUAGCCAUCUGAGGAUUGGCCAGUGGAGUUAGCACUAGGCUCUAAUUUAAAUACUGCAUUUUCUCUGGAAACAGAGUGUUUACAGGAAAAAUCCUGACGGGAAUGAUUCUACUCACCAGAACAAAUACAACAAGUUGUAUGCUGUACAAUAAGCUGUAAUUGUUCUGGUGACUAUAGUGUCCCUUUAAAGCAUUUCUUUAUUACUGGAGAUGAGUAUGUGCUUCACAGCUGACUACCAUCACUUACUCGUUACAUUUGGCAUUCUUCACCACAAGACAGUGUAAAAACUAUUGUUUCCUAUUUUUUGCUCAAUGGAAUGCAAUUCUCUAAUCAGCUCAGUGUUUGGAAUCACAGCUUCUGAUUGGUCGCUGGCAUAACAUACUUUCAGAAGCACAUGAACUUUGUAACUUGCUGUGUAUGAGAUACUAUACAAGAUAUUUGCAUCCAACAGUUAAAUCUUCUUAAUCAUAGCCUUCAAGUACAGAUGGUCCUCACUUUACGACCUACCUGUUUUACAACGGCUCACACUUACGACCAGCACUCCAGCGUGGGGAUUGAAGGCAUGAAGGGAGAGCUGGUCUAUGUUCGGGAAAUUUCCCCCAAACAUAGAUUAGAGGGAUUCCCUGCUCUGGUGCGUAUGUCUACAUUCGGGUAAAUUUCCCCGAACAUAGAAAAACGCACCAGAGCAGAGAAUCCAUCUAAUCCAUGUUCGGGGAACGUUCCCAGAACAUAGAUUCAUGGGAUACCCUGCACUGCUGCCCUUGACUAUGUUCGGGGAAAUUUCCCCGAACAUAGACCUGCACUGGUGCACAUGCUCUAUUGCGCAUCCUCUCUUACCGACCAAUUUGUUUCACGACCGGGCCGUAAGAAUGGAACUUAGUAGGUAAGUGAGGAGUAGUUGUAAUGUUUUAAACGGAUUGUUGUAAAGGAAGUUGUAGUCGAAAGGUCCACCUUAUUUUAGAAGCCAUUUUCAAAAAAGACAAUUGAUCUUCUGUUUCUCUAACAGGAGUCCAAGUUAAAGAGUAUCGUUACAUUUAUAUCUCAAGUCAGCUGGCAAAUGUAAGAUUUCUUUAUGAAUCCAUGGACACAUAUUACAGACACGGACUUCCUUAUCCUGUUGGGGUAAGUGUCACGCGUAGUAUUUGUUUGUAUUCAUGGUUUAUUAUACUCACAGGUAAACUCAGGAGGGUUUCAUUGUCAUACCGUGUCAAAAUAAAUAAUAAAUAAUCAGUUCUCAGUGUAGAUCUUCCCGUAUUGUUCAGCACAAUUAGGUUUAACCCCUUAAGGACCAAACUUCUGGAAUAAAAGGGAAUCAUGACAAGUCACACAUGGCAUGUGUCCUUAAGGGGUUAAAGUCAGUCAGUAACAUGAAAGUGUUGUGGAAAUGUAAAGAGACACUCCAGUCCCCUGUUGUGUUUGGAGCGUGUGUCUUCUUGUUUUCAUUUUACAAAAAGUGCAGAGUUGAACAGAAAUGAGCAUUUUUAUAAAUUAUCCUUGUUACACCCCCCUGGCUGUCAGUCAGUUAUCCGGUUACAUUAAAACAAUGAUUAAUGGAAAACAAGAUGAUUGUUGGUUAAGUGACAGUCACAAAAUCUAUAUUUAUAGAUUAUAUAUUUCAUAAAUAUGUCAUAUAGAAAUAUAGAAAUAUGACUUUUUCCCUCUUUUAUUACAUUGUCUCACUUGAUCUGUGAAUUGUAUACACCCGCCACAAUGCCCUCCCUGUCACAGGUUCCUCAUUCUGAUAUUUCCAUAACAUUUCACCUCCAGGUUUCUCUAACAAAUGAAAAGAAUGAGCCCAUUCCAAAUCAGCCAAUUAACCUGUCCUUUAACGACGAGUUUCUUGUAACUUUAACGACUGAUUCCAGUGGAAUAGCAGGAUACCUUAUUGAUACAAAUAAUUAUAUACAGCCUAAUUUUAAUCUCACGGUGAGUACAGAAUGACAUUAUUCUUUUUAUAAAUUUUCGUUGUAUUUACAUGGGUCUAGAGCUGUGGAAACGCAUGAGAAUUCCCUUACCUUAACACCUCUUACUGUUGCGUACGUUACAGAAAUUAUUAUUACAAGGUGCUGCAUGUUUAAAAGCUGCAGAAAAAUCGAAUUUUCCUUAUACAUCUUGCAAACCCUGAAUGUUCUUUAUGCAAUCUUAUACAAACUGAAACGUGACCGUUAACUCAGGCAACACUCUCUUAAACUGCCAUAUUCUGUCUGGCUCUUAUCAAGCACUCCAAACUAGCUGAUUUCUGGAGAUUAAUUAAAUAGCCUGUGUGAUGGAGCUUCCUGUACCCCGGUUGGAUACCUCCACCGAUGGCUGCUCCUAGUGUUUCUUACUAAGGACCAUCAGCACCGCACCAGACACCAUAAGCACUGCAGACCCCACGAACCGCCGCAGCUUGGUCUCGCCAUCUCCUACCCACCUUUGAUCUAUGACAAGGCUCCAGGCUCCAGUGGGUGAACCUCUCUUCCUUCAGAGAGUGAAGCAGGAACAACUCUUAGAGGAGCUAGUGAUCAGCAUCCAGGGCCAGACUGGCCCACCGGGAUACUGGGAAAUUUCCCCGUGAGCCGCAGCACCUGGCGGCUGCAGAUAGAGAGGGAGCCCUGCUACCUAUAUUUUAAUAACAUCGCGGCCAUCAGCCACGUGUCAGUGCUGAUGGGUGGCCAGUCCGGCGGCACACACUGAGGGGGUUACUUACCUUGCAGCUGGCGGCCCCAUCUCCUGUGCUGUAUAACUGCUGUCAGUAUCAGUGAGAGUGCCGGACGGCUGCCUGACCGGUCCGGCGGCACACUCACUGAUACUGACAGCAGUAUAGCUGUCGGCACAGGAGGACUGAGGGAGGGGUCAGAGCUAACUACCAUGCCCCCUCUUGGUUCCCAUAAUUCCCAGCACAGGGAUUACUCCAUGAUGUGUCCAUGCUGGGAAUUAUGGGAACCACGAGGGAGCAUGGUAGUUAGCUCUUCCCCUCCCUCAGUCCUCCUGUGACAAGAUAGAGGGGUAAUAGAGAGACAAAGGGAAGGGGGGGACAAAGACAGGAGUAAAAGAGAGACACAGGGGAAGGGGGGACAAAGAGACAGAGGGGUAAGAGAGAGACACAGGGAGGAGAGGGGACAACGAGACAGAGGGGUAAGAGAGAGACACAGGGAGGAGAGUGGGAAAGAUAGAUACAUGGAGGAGAGGGGAGAAAGAGACACACAGAAGGUUUGUUGGGGACAAAGAGACAUACAGAAAGGAAGGGGAACAAAGAGACACACAAGGUUUGUGGGAGGCCAAGCUGGGCUGGGGGAAAAAAGAGCCACAGAGUGGCUGGGAGAGGAGAAAGAGGCACACCGAGUCUGGAGUUAGAAAGAGACACACAGAUGGGAUUUGGAAGGGGAGAAAGAGACAAAGGGACUGACAUACACAAAAGGGGCUGGGAGGAAAGAGACAUACAGAGGCUGGGAAGAAGUAAAAGAUACAGAGGGGGAGCUAAAAGAAUUACAAGGGUCCCUGUAAGAGACAAAAAGAAGAAAAUUAGAGACAAGAUACACUAAACGAGGUAAAAAUAAAUCAAAGGAGGGAAUAAGAGACACAAACAAAGGCAAGAAAUUCAUGAGGGAGUUAAAAGAAACACAAGAGACGAUGCAUUUGUUUUUGUGUGUUUCGGGGGGGGGGGGUGGGGAGGGGGGUGCAUUUUUGCCUGUGUCUCCUGCUCUCCCUGUAAUGGGAGUUUAUGCAGAAGAGCUCAUUGACAGGUAAGAGAAAGACCUCUUAUUAAUCAGAUUUUGUUUCCAAUAUAUGCAUCAUGCACAAUGUACAGAUGGACGCAACGGAUGUGAUCCUGACAGUAAUACACACUAUAUAUAUAUAUGCAUGUAUAUUAAUGUGUGUAUUAGUAACAUAUAUAAUUAUGCCUAUAAUAUUUACACAUAUAUUAAGAAACAUUUAUACAUGUAUAAUACACACAGAAAUGUAAUUAAUAUGUACCAUAUGUAAUGAGCAGAUAUUGGCCCAGUAUUGUUGCUAGUUGCAUACUCCAGCACAAUAACAUAUUCAAAUUGAAGAGUGCACCCAUAGGACUUCAGAAUAAACAAGAUAAUACAAUUUUUUUCAGUUGUGCAACUGCAGACAUUCACCAUUUCAGUCCCAUUACUAAAAUUUCCUUAACCCCUUAAGGACCAAACUUCUGGAAUAAAAGGGAAUCAUGACAUGUCACACAUGUCAUGUGUCCUUAAGGGGUUAAAGGAUCACUAUAGUGUCAGGAAAACAAAGUGGUUUUCCUGACACUUUAGUGCCCUGAGGGUGCCUCCACCCUCAGGGUCCCCCUCCCGUGGUUAGAACCCCUUCAGCAGCUUACCUAUUCCAGCGCAGGGCUUCCUCUGAGCUGGUGACCUCUCCUACCCCACCGACAUCAUAGAAACAUAGAAACAUAACAUAGAAACAUAGAAACAUAGAAUGUGACGGCAGAUAAGAACCAUUCGGCCCAUCUAGUCUGCCCAAUUUUCUAAAUACUUUCAUUAGUCCCUAGUCUUAUCUUAUAGUUAGGAUAGCCUUAUGCCUAUCCCACGCAUGCUUAAACUCCUUUACUGUGUUAACCUCUACCACUUCAGCUGGAAGGCUAUUCCAUGCAUCCACUACCCUCUCAGUAAAGUAAUACUUCCUGAUAUUAUUUUUAAACCUUUGUCCCUCUAAUUUAAGACUAUGUCCUCUUGUUGUGGUAGUUUUUCUUCUUUUAAAUAUAGUCUCCUCCUUUACUGUGUUGAUUCCCUUUAUAUAUUUAAAUGUUUUUAUCAUAUCCCCCCUGUCUCAUCUUUCCUCCAAGCUAUACAUGUUAAGAUCCUUUAACCUUUCCUGGUAAGUUUUAUCCCGCAAUCCAUGAACCCUCCCCCGUCCGACGUCAGCGUCCAUAGGAAACCGUUUCUUAAUGCUUUCCUAUGGACGCUCUGUGCGAUGGAUGUGGAAGACAGCCACUAGAGGCUGGAUUAACCCCAAAUGUAAACAUAGCAGUUUCUCAUAAACGGUUAUGUUUACAUGUGAAGGGUUAAAACCUGAGGGACCUGGCACCCAGACCACUUCAUUGAGCUGAAGUGGUCUGGGUGACUAUAGUGUUCCUUUAAUAUCUCAAAGUAGUUGUACUGAAACAUUGAUUACAUGCAAAUGUACGUCUGCUCAAAAUAAAAGCGCUCUUUUGUUUAUUUUGAAGCCCUAUAUGGUUUCAUUCGUUGGAGUAAUAGUUUUCAAUGUGAAGUUAUCUUUUCCACCUCUAUAUCAGCACACUUUGCUGGCACGAUGCAUUAUUGGGCUGGCAUAGAAUUUUUUCCAGGGCUGCUUUUAGUUCCCAGUCUGGCCCUGUUAGCAUCCAGGGGAGUAUAGAGCAGGACCAGAUUAACAGCCCAGCGGACCUGGUGCUGACACUUAUGAUGGGGCCUUAUUACAGAAUUUUAUCGACCAAAAACACAAACAUUCCCACGCGCCAUGUAUCUGAUAUAGAUGGUGCUGGAGGGAAAGAAAACAGCAGAUAUACGAAAACACAUACCCUAUGCUAAUCUCCCUCUAAUUUAUGUUUUUAUCUUUCAAGUAAAGCCAUAACCCCUAACAGGAGUGUCCAGUCAAGCAGGAAGUCAAUAGACACGGUAAAAGGGUGUGCCACUGACACAAAUCACGUAACCUGCCAAAAGGGGUGAACAUGCCCAAAAAGAGGGUUUGUCUGCCCAAAGCACUGGAAGGCCAGCCUGGCCUAGUCAAUCAUGCAAGCUGGCCAACUAAGGGCAUACUAUGCAGACAGCACCCUGAGCUUGGCAUAAAUGUGUCUAAUGAUGCGCUCGCUCAAUGCUUUCUGAGGACUGUCCCCUAGCACUCACUGGUCCACUUGUCUCCUUAACUUCUUACUAGCAGGCAGAAGCUCCUGGUAUAUUGUCUGGGACAGAGAAAAGCUGUAUGUAGUGAGUGUAGAAGAAAAGGGACAUGCCACAGUGUUAGAGAGACAAAGUCAGCAUUACCUUAACUAAUUUCAUAUUCAGCCAGUCCACACAGGUUUUGUUCCCAUACAUCCCUCUUAAGUUUCCAUACUUAAGCAAGAGUAUGUGAAAUGUAGUUAGGGUUGUCAUCUUUCUUGGGAAAACAUACAUGCCUUGCUAAUUUGCAUAAUUAUGUAAGGGUGACAUCACAUGAUGUAAAUCACAAGGAGUGACAUUAAAAAAAUGCUGUAAAAUUACCAAGAAACUACUUGGUUUGAUUCUGCUGUAUAGAUGGAUUGCUCCCAGUGCCCCCAUGUCUCCCAGUGCCCCCAUGUCUCCCAGUGACCUCAUGACUCAGUGUCCCCAUGUGUCGAUUACCCCAGGUUUCAGUCUCCCUAUGUAUCAGUGUCUCAGUGCCCCAUGUAUCACAGUGUUUCAAUGCCCCAUGUAUCCCUGUUUCCCCCCCCCCAGCAUUCCCAUGUCUCCCAGGGUCCCCAUGUCACUGGGGACCCACUAGGGGAUGCAGAUUCUAGGGACACUGGCUGGAGACAUAGGAACACUGAGACACCAGGGCCACUGGCUGGGAGACAUGGACACUGGGAGACAUGGGGACACUGUAUCCCCAUGUGUCUCUGUCUCCCCAUGUCUCCCAAUGUCCCUUACUGUCCCAGUGUCCCCAAGUGUCCUUCACUUCCCUGACCUCUAGGCUGUCUCUGCAUGGUGGGAGUUGCUGUCUGGACUCUCUGUAGCUGCUCCCCUGCGGAUCAGUGAGUAUAGAUAGGCAUGGAGUUAUAUCGUGGAACUUCCUAUCCCUGCCUCUCUCCAAACACAGCGAGCCCUACUGGCCAGUGCUGCUAUUGUAAUCCCUGUUUAUACUAAGGAAAAUACCAGCAUUUGUAUUUCCAGUAUGACUGCAAUAUCGGCACCAGCCAGGCAGCCUCAAAUACCGGCAGUGCCAAUAAAAUACCAGCCAGGUGGAAACCCUAAGUAGUACUGUAGUAGAGUAGUGUAUUUUUUUAAAAUAAAAAAAUGGGCCUAUUCCAUUAUACAGAGUAUAGCAAUCCCCAGUGUGAUAUAGCAGUACCCUACAACACGAGAGGAGGUUGCGAGUUGAGGGUAAGAAGGUUUGAAGGUUUAUUGAACAGCUUGAGUUUAAUUACAGUUUUUCCCCACAAGGAUGAUGCCCAGGUGAACCUUGUGGGGCACAGGACACAGAAUUAAUAAACCAAUAAAAACAGAGUCUUACAUGCAGACACUCCCCUACAGUGUACACAAGCCCUUCCCUCUGCCUGUGAUACAAUUAACAAAGACAAUGGGCUAACUCAAUUAACUCUAAAACAGAAAAAAAUUUUUUUACAAACCCCAAAAGUACACUAAAAUACAACAUAUCCCCACAAAAGUCACACCCCCUGAUAGCCCCGAUGAACAACAUAUCCAAAAAUCACCCAGAGCGGUUCAGGGGUUUAGGAAUUUCCUGGAAGUCUUAUUUUUGCCCCACCGUGCACAUGGUCCCAUGCCCAAAACAGUUCAAUAUACACUCGACGAUAAAACACUGCUGGGCAAUUUAAGAUGGCCGCCACCGCAUGUUUGAAUCUGUUCCAGUUAAAAGUCCAAGGGGCAGAAACAGUAAUUUUGAACAUGGGUUAUCACAGGGCCCAUAGUCCUGGGGCAAGAGGCUGGCAAUCAGGCCCCUCCAAAAGCCAGUGGCAAAGUGUAAUUCAUCACAGCCUGAAAUUUCAUAUUAUCGGCCCGUUCUAAGUCAUUCAUCCCAGCCUUGAACACUAUGCUACUUGUUCCAGAAAUGUAAUUUAUUUAUCACUGCUUGGAGUUAGGUUCAGAACAUUGAUGGAGGUUCUUCAACAAACCAUCCGUAUUGGUGUAACAGUCACCUGGGGAUUUAUGUAACAGUUUACCAGGAGUUGGAGCCCAGUUGCAAGAGAUGGCACAGGGAGUAGGCAAAAACCAGAAGCGCAGUACAGAUUAAGGGGAGUUCCAAAGGCAGGGUCAGACGAGAAGCAGAAGUCAGGGUGGGCAGUGCAGUAACGUAGUCAGUAAAGCAGGCAGAGGUCAGAGUCCAGGAAAUCAGUCAAUAGCGAAGCAAAGAUCCGUCAGGAUACACCAAACAGGCAAAAUGAUCAUAGGUUUCAGGCAAGGCUGGCUUUUAGAGCCUGCUAAUUAGGUGCAGCUGACCCUAAUUGGAAAAGGGCUGCAGGUGGGUCAGCACUGCUUAACCCAGGCAAGGAGGUCAGGAAGCAGAAUAAUGCAAACAGAAACUGGAGCCCCCUGGUGGACAGCACAGCAAAUAACCUGAGUGGGAUGCUGGUGCUGUAAGCUCAAACCCAGCCAGGUCUCUCAAAGGGGCAGCCACACCUUGCUGUCUGCAGUGUUUGGGCUGUGCUGUGACAAUUGGGAGUAGUCAUGGUUUGUUCAUAUUUAUACUAUUUUAUGAAUGUAUCACUGAAUUAACAUGAAAAGUGUGUUGUUGUUUUUUUUAAUUCUAUUUUACUAUACAGCGAAGUAUAGGAAGGUGAGGUAAGACAUUAUCAAUAUCUUGUCAUAUGCUAGACACCUUUUUUUGGAUAAUGGAUAAAUAGGUAUAAUAUAAUAUACUGUGUGUGGGGCCCAGAAAGCUUUUAUAUUUAUAAUGCAUUUUAUCUAUUUUUCUAAGGCUACAUAUGAAAACCCAGAUCAGUGUUACUACUUAAGCUAUAGUAACGAGCAAUAUCCCACAGACCGUCACCAAGUCUUACGCUUUUAUUCCGAGACGGGGAGCUUUGUGCAGAUCCACCAACUUCUUGGAGAGCUGAGCUGUGGGCAAAGCUAUAGUGUCGAUGUGCAGUAUAUACUGACCAGGGAAGGAGUGGGAGAGGCUAGUACUAUCACAUUCUAUACAAUGGUGAGUAUCGAAGGGUGGAACAAAGCAGUGCUGGUUAGGACAUAUUCAGUAAUGCAGACUAUAGGAUGGUUAAUUUGAAUAAAGUCUAGGUCACACAGGAAGUCCAGGGUAUUGUUACAGAGAAUAUUCCUUGUUUGAAUGGACUGCUACAUAUCUAAAAAUGUACCCACUAUCUCCAAUAUUACAUCAUUGUCCAGCCAAAUGCCACCCUCUGACCAGCCACAAACUGUAUAAAAGGGUAUCCUUCAUUUACUUUUUUGUAUAAUACAAUUAUUUUGCUAAUUCUAUCUGGUGUUUUCUUGUUAUGCCAUAGUACAGAAAGUAGUAAACUAUGGCUUAGUGUUAUCGUAAUAUUAAUUGAUGUCGUGAUUUAUGUAGGAGGUCAGCCAUUUAUGUAGGAUGUCAGCUAACAAUUACGUCAUACGUAGUGAGUAACAAAUAAAAGGAGGAGAGGUUAAAUGGAAAGUCUAAACACCAUGACCACUACUGUUACUUUCAUUGGUUAGUGGACAAAGGGACAGAGUGUGCAAUUGUUUUGUUUGUUUUCUGUUCUUCAAAUCAUUUUUUAGAUAUAUGACAAAAAUAAUUUAACGAUAAUCAGGGGACAGCGUCUACUGACUGUUUGCAGCCUAACUACUACAUCUCACUGUAGUGGUUCUGGUGCUUGUUACGGUUGCCACAGGCUAGCUGAGGGUUGGAUCUGGGCAAACAACAUAUCCGAAAAUCACCCAUAACAGAGCAGGGAUUCACAAAUUCUAUGUAAGACAUAUUUGACCAACCGCAAGCAUGGCUUUCAUGCCCAAAAAAAGAGUUCCACAGAAUUAGGCUGUCGGCCGGUCUAUCUUCUCCUUCAAAUAAAGUACAAAUUGCACGAAUGGAUCGGUUUGUGCAUAGCUUCAUUGUAAUUGUCUCAUUCACUAGUCUAUUCCCUUAAAAUAGUGCUCCAUUCGCAUGAAUUUAGCCGAACGCACGGAAGGUAGAAGUCUCAGCGGUGUUCUUGGAAAUAGUAGCCGAAAACAGUUUCAGGCAUUCGAUGACAAAACACCACUGAGCGCGUUCGGUGAAACAAAAUGGCCGCCGCCACAUGUUUGUUCAUUCAAACGCCGGCCACCCAGCAGUUCGUCAAUUAAGCUGCGGUUAACCACAGCUUCUGGGUGGUUAACGAGCAGCACAGGGUUGUUCGGCCGUUUGUUCGGUGAACUCAAUUUACCGAACCACACAGAGAAAAAGUUACUAACAAACCUUUUUACAGUCUGGGAACAAAGUGUUAGCCAUGGGCAUUAGUCAUAGGGCAGGAGGCUGGCAAUCAAAGGGUAGUUUGUCACAGUGCUUACCGUGUCUCUUUAAACACCACUAGCACAUUAACAGCAAACCCUUCACAAAGAGGAUCAGAAGACUAAAGAGCCCAACAAUAAUAAUGUAUAUUCAUAUUUAUUUACCCCAUUCCUUUCAAAUCAGAAUUUGCUAAAAAUAAAGGAUUUUUUUUCAAAACUGGUUGCAGAAAACAAGGUUUACAUCUAACGAGAUAAAAUGUUCACAGCUUUGGGAUUUAUUUACUGAAAAGGGAAAAAUAAAAUUAGAAACGGCAAAUAGAAUAGAAUUUUUCAGAAAUCUGGAAUUUUGGUUGUAGUUUUGUAAAUGCAGAUUUCUACAGUUCUGAAAAUGUAUGUGAAGUUUACACCAGUCUCUGUCUCUUUUCUUAGAUAAUGUCAAAAUUAUUGCUUGUGCAACAUGCUUCGCAUGACGUAGAUCUGACCACAUGUAAGUACUCUGUUCAUAUUCACACAAACCAACAGAGGAGUGAUGAAAAAACUAUGAAGCAAUGUAAUAGUUAGAGAUUAGCAUGGGGGAAAAAUAAAUUUGUUUUCAAUUUGUUCAUUUUAUCGAUUCAGAUGACCAAAGUUUCAUCUGAAAAUGUUCAAAAUUCAGACAUCCAUUAAUCCCUAUGAACAAUGCAUAAAUGUGGCAGUCACUAAGUAGAUCUACAUCCAAUGUAGAGAUGUAUCUGCUAAGCUGCUGAAAGGUGAAAAUUGAGAAAACCCCUUCUACUACUUUUCUUAAUUUUGAUAUUUCAGUUAUUUAGUCAUUAAUUCCCUGAUCUGCUAUCCUUACGUGGAUUGCCAUAAGGAUACAAAAGAAAGAGCUUUUUACUAAACCGCAGAGAGAUCUAAAUUAAGUAAUACCUUUUCUUUUCUGAAUUUUGCUCUCAGUUGUUUGGUAGAUAGCUCCCUAAUUUGAUAUCCUUAUCGAAAUGAAUUUUUUGAUAUGUUACCGACUGAUUUAUUUUCAUUUCGUCUUCAUUACUUGUCAGCUAAGAAAUUCGGACGCGUCAGAUUUGCCAAAAUUCAGAGGAGAUUUGUUCAGAACGAAAUUAUCAUCACAUGUCUAUUAAGGGUUAAAAGGACAAUUUAAGCAGAACGUUUUGUAUAACUCAAGCAAUCUGAUUUUUCCUGUAAAUGUUCUGCAAAGUAAUCAUUAUCCUCUCUCUUUCCAGCUCUGACGGGCACGUUUUCUGUAGAAAUCUCUGUAUCUGACCAAUUGGCACCGACUGCAACUCUUAUUGUAUACUGUAUCUUCGACACUGAGAUUAUUGCACAUACGAUCACCCUGAACAUAGAGAAAUGCUUCCGAAAUGAGGUACAGAUCCUUCUAAAAGAAUUAAUAGCCAAUAAUCUCACCUUUCUAGAAUAGGAUGCAAGAAUGCCAUGAUGUGAUUUAUUUUUUAUUUUUUUGUAAAUAUUUUUUUUCUUCAAUGCAAGAGAGAACAGUGAGACUCGCAGGUCCCUUAUUUAGCAGAGACCUAACAUGUUAGGCUUGGCAGUCAAAUAUACAUUUGGGCGCGCAGGCCCCCUUGAUUUGAGGACUCGCAGGUCCCUUUGGUCAUAGGUAGUGUGCAUUGAGAGCAUAUGACUUAGUGAUUUGUGUUGGUUCACAUGCCGUCCAAGUGUGCAGACACGCCAGUCCUUUGUCGCUGAGCUGAAUACUGAAAUAGACUUAUGACAGCUUGCUGGUUAAGUUGUGGCUCUUGUCAUAUGUGCCAACGACCUUGUGUCAAGCGUCAAGUGUGCCCGUGGUAUCGGCAAUUCAUUUCUUGCUGUCAGCGCUGUUAUGGCUCCACAUAUGUCUAGUGUUAUAUGUCAGGCAGUGUGUCAGUCAUCAUUAAUCACACUAGCACCCUUUACCUAUAAUACGUAUCUAGUAGUCAUCUCUAUUCCGUUGGGGUGAAUGUGUCUGGGCUCCAGCGCUGCCCUUGUGGCCCACAGACUUGCUAAAUACUCUGUGGUCAAUAUUGAUACAUAUCCAGGCAUAGAUUGUAUCAUUUUAUUAUUUAUGUAUUGUUUGUUUUACAUUAUGAGGCACUAGACCGAUACUAUAUCAUUUCCAGCUUUACAAGUAUUUCUUCCUACUUACACCAUAGUAGGUAAUCAUACUGGAAUUCAUUUAGCUGAUACAGCUCCAUCAAUUAACGAUUUUUAUCUAUUUAGUAUUCAUUUUAGUUUAAUUUAUUUAUUUUACUAUCUAGGGCAGGGGUAGGCAACCUUCGGCACUCCAAAUGUUUUGCACUACAUCCCCCAGAAUGUUCUUACACCCAUAAUGCUGGCAAGGCAUCAUGGGAAGUUAAGUCCAAAACAUCUGGAGUGCCGAAGGUUGCCUAUGCCUGAUCUAGGGUAUACUCAUUUGGAUCAAAGCUUGUGCAUUAAGCAUCUAGUUCUUCAAAUUCUUUGUAUAACACUGCUUAGAAGAUCUCAAUUAACCGAAGACUUUGUAUAAUUUUAGAAAAAAAAUGUAUAAGCCUAUUGUUCAAUUCUAUUCCCUCAUCCCUAUUUUUCUAUUUCCACUUCAUUCCUGAUCCAACUAUUGAUUUUCUUCAGUAGCAACUUCAAUUUAGAUUGCUAAGUAUGUUUGUUGUUGCAGACCCGCUGCAUUCAUAGUGAGUUCCUCCACCGCCCACAUAGUUACAUCCGCCAAUAUUGGUGGACUGUAUGGCUAUGUUGAAGAUUCUAAUUGAUGGAUUUUUUUAUACUUGGAUGUGGGAGUCUUUUUAUGGUGUAGCAACAUUGCCGCUGGGUCCAGUGGGAGGUGGGUCAUCAGAGAACCGGGUCAGUAUGUCGUGAAUCCCCUUCCAGUAGUGUCAGAUGUGCUUGCACUCCCACCAUAUGUGUAGCAGUGUGCCUAUCUCCUUUUUGCACCUUUAUAGAGGUGUGACCAAUCCGGGUGUAUGUCGUGUAUUGUCAGGCGUGCGGUACCAAUGAGUGAGUAGUUUGUAUACCGUCUCCUGACUUUUACCGAAGACCGAACAGUGAUGUGUGAGGUAGCAGAUUUUCUCCCAGUCUGCUGCACUGAAUGUAUGGGAGAGAGACUCCUCCCAUUUCCCAAUGAACCUAGGUGUUGCUGUUGGUGUUUGUGAUAGUAACAUGGAGUACAACAGAGAUAUACCGUGUGGCAGUGGGUCAGGGUGUACGCAUAUUUGUUCAAAUGGAGUGAGCUCACGGUUCAGGGCUUGGCUCUUAACCCCUGUUUGGAGCAGACAUAUCUCAGUCUGGGUAGUGGGUCCCUGACUAGAGUCCUGAAUGUCUUGGGGUCCAACCCCGAUGGGAAGUCUGCGUUAUGAGUAAUGGGUAUGUUGUUAGGGAGUGCCUCCUCAUGCUUCUACACCAUACCUGUAGUGUAGCCUUCAUGUAUGUGGAGUAGCCCUGUUCCCCUUCUCCCUUCCACACAGGGAGCCAUGGGAGGAGAGCGGCAGGUUUGUCCACCUCUGUCUCCUCUGCCUGCUUCCAAUGUUUGUUAACAUUCAGCUUUGACCACUCCACUAUCCGUAGUAGGUGAUACACUUUGUAAUAUAGCGAGAAGUCCGGCAAUGCCAGUUCUCCCUUGUCCUGUGGCUGCAUGAGUAGAGCGCAUUUUAUUCUGGGCCUCUUACCAUCCCCUACAUAUACAUAAGGCCAUAUGGAGGGAGGUAAAGAAGGAAGUUUGUAUCAUUAUGAAUAUGGCCUGAAAUAGUUAGAGCUGCCUUGGAAGGACUGCCUGUGUUCUGCCAAGUUGGAUAUAUGUGGGAACGACCAUUCCCUCAUUUCCUUCUGGAAUGUAGUCCACAUCGGGGCAAAGUUUGCUGCUGUGGGGAUAUUUAUGGGAUGAUAAUAUUGUACAGUUGAGAAUUGCCCACUAUUUCAAUUCUCUUAGAUCUUAGAGAUCGUUAUCAUGUAAGUGAAAUGUAUUCCAUAUAAAUAACAUCACAAUUUGUUAUAAAAAUAGAUAUAAUUUAUUGUAACAAAUAAAAUAAGAAUAUUAGGCAGCAUGCAUGAUAUUAAUCAGUGAAUAUUUAGUAUAACAUAAGUAUACAAUACAAUGGCAAUGGCUAAACACAUUACAAAGCUACAGCAUCAACUUCACACACAGAAAGUAAAACUUCACACAGCGAAAAGCCAUAAAACCUUGGCUAACAGUUAGAUCAACUGAGUAACUCAGUGCUGGCUAGAUCCUCCUAGGCAUAUAGUAUCCUAUGCUCAUGUAAUUUUCAAUUAAAAUAACAUUCGAACCAACUCAUUAAUCAUUUCCUGGAACCAUCCAAUAAGAAUAAUCUAGCAGAUUCUAUACACCGAAUUUUAAUUUGCCUAAAAAGAUAUUACCUUAUUUUAGAGCAAAUCAAUACACCUGGAUAAAAACAGCGGUAUGCUAACACGGGAUAAUAUUACAUUAAUAUAUAAUUAUUCUUAAUUCCACAUGCAGAAUGGAAUGUUUAUAACUAUAUAUUCUUUAGUUAACUAAGAUUUCUAAAUAUUGAAAUCUGACUGUGAUUUAUCCAGUCACAUAUCAUGCUAUUAGUAAAUUUUUAAUUAAUUUAAAUUAAUUAAAUAAAACCAGCAUAAUUACCAGUUAUGUAGGUAUUCUCAUCAGAUGAGUAAGAAGUCCCAGAAAUAUGAUUGGUUGUAUGGAGGUGCGUGAGUAAUAGAGAAAAGUGAUGUUGGUUAGAAAGUCAGAGUAAAAUUGUGUCAAGGAGUUGUGUCCAAGAGAGUUUAAGAGUUGAGUGUUAGUCCCAGAGAGUGUCCUGAAUCUCUCUCUCUGCAUGUCCAAAUCUGAAUGCCCAAACUACCAACUAACCUCUCUCUUCCCUUUGUCCUAACUUUUAAAGGGCCAGACUCUCUGUUAGUCGUUAGUUGAUAAGGCCAAUAGGAAACUGAAGAUGUGUUCAAUCUAUGGAUCGCAAUUUAGGCAUUUGAUCCAUAGAGGGCAGUCUCGCCUUACUAAACCUUCCUAUCCAGGAAAGAGUUAACUUUUCCUGAUGAUUUUGACGUAAUUUGGCUUAUCUAAAAUGACUACCAUAACUUAAAUUUGCUGUCAGUUCAAAGCGUUUGUCUCAGUCUUUGUGGCAACAACUUUGAUCGUAAUUUCUAAAACUGACAGUUCUAAACUCAAUUUCACCCCUUACUUACAAUGGGACCUUGUAAAAUUUAGAAAGUAAAAUUAAUUACUUAGUCUUCUCUGUCACUAGUGUCUGUGUUUAUAUAAUGCAUUCCUUAGCUCAGGCUCAGUGGUUAGUGAAAGCAAGGAAAUUAUGUGUCUUUGUUAUCCUGAAGAUAGCAAAAUGGAGUCCGCUCUCUUCUGAGUGACUCUGGCAAUAUACACUUUUAAUUUCUAUUUUAGCACAAAAUGUCUGCCGAUAUAAAUAUCCUGACACUGCAUAUAGCUCAGCUCCCCUUUUUGUCAGCCACGUUCCCAGGUAUCUUAUUUUGUGCUCGGCCCACUAGAAUGCAUGACUCUGGCAGAGCCAGGCGGCUUACUGUGGGGGUACACUGACGUUUAAGAUGUUUGAUUUGGUGAAGUUGAUUUUUAGGCCUGACACGUCCCCAAAUGCCCCAAAAGCUUGCACAAUAUUCGGGAGAGACACCUCUGGCAUAAGCGGCGACCUUGUGGUGUGUAUUUUCUGUGACUAUCCCUAUGUCUGGUUGUUGUCUAAUAGUUGUCAAAAAGGGUUCGAGGGCGAGGACAAAGAGCAUCCCUGCCAGGUGCCAUUGGAGAUGGUGAAUUCUGUCGUCAGGGCCCUAUUGACCACCACAUGUGUGGUCCAAGUGUGGUCCAAGCCCCAGAUGGGUCAAUAUAUUCCCAGCAAAUCCUGUCAAAGGACUUCUCUGCGUCUGUAGAUAGCAGGAGAAGGAAGGCCUCUGCUUCUCCCUGUCCUCCCAUGCAUUAGUGUGAGAGCUUGGAUGGUGUUGUCCCUGGCCUCAUGCCCCAUCACAAAUCCCACCUGGUCAGGAUUUACCAGGGAGGGUAUAUGCGAUUGGAGCCUGACGGACAGAAUUUUGGCCAGCAGUUUAAGAUCACAGUUGAUGAGAGAUAUGGGCCUGUAGUUCCCACAGUGCUCCCGGUCCUUGCUCUCUUUCGGCAGUAUAGUAAUAUGAGCUGUCAGUGACUGCCUGGGGAGGCUAUGUCACUCUCUGAUGGAGUUAUACAUGGCCAGUAGAGGGGGAUAGAGAAUGUCUGCAUAGUAUUUGUAGUAUCAGAUGGUUAGGCCAUCUGGGCACGGGCUUUUUCUGGGUUUCGUGUUCUUUAUUGCUAUUGCCAGCUUCUCUGGGGUGAUUAGUUCCUCCAGCUGCUCUGACUUUUCCCUAUCUAGAGAUGAUAAUCUAUGUGCCGCCAGGUACUGAUCAAUAGAGUCUUUGCUUGUGCUCUUGUGUGUGGUUGGGGGAGAGACUAGAGGUCUGAGUAGUAGGUGCGGAUAAUGUCCUGAAUCUUAGUCGGGUGUCUGUGCAGGGUGCUUGUUCUAUCCCUGAUGCGGUCAAUAUAUGUGGCCUGUCUCCAUUUAGUUAGCAUCCGGGCUAACAGCUUAACGCUUUUGUUCCCAUGUAGGGAGAAGAACCCCCUAUGUCUCAGUGCAUCCAUGUGGUGUUUGGUGUGUAAGAGUGCCGUCAAUUCCCUCCUCAGUUGGAGGAGCAUAGUCAUAGUGUGUUGGGAGUUGUGAGAGCUUGUUAAGGUCAUCCAACUGUUGUAUUUCUGUAAUCAGUGCAGUCAUGUGUGCUUCCCUUUGAUUCUUUAAUGCCAUGCCUUAUUUGUAUAGUGUCCCCGUAUGACAUUUUUGUGUGCCUCCCAUAGUAUGGUGGGUAAAGUCUGAAUGUUAUUUGUAAAUUAUUCCCUCAGUGCCUUCCCAAUAUCUGCUGUGGUGUCCUGUACUGAAAGCAAUGAGUCAUUGUCUCCAUUUGGGCACCUUGGGUCUGAAGAGAGGGGAUUUAAGUGUGAUCGUCACUGGUGCGUGGUCUGACCAGGACGCCGUGCCAUGCUCGGCUUGAAGCACCAGUGACAGGUGGUAAUGUGACAUGAAAAGGUAAUCUAUCCGCAUAUACGAGUUGUGUGGGUGUGAGAAGAAGGUAUAAUCCUUUGCGUCUGGGUGGAAUGCCCUCCAGCAAUCAACAAUUUUGGACUUUGACAGGAGGGUUUUAAUCGUGGCAAUGUGUUGUGUUGAGACACGUGACAGCCCUGAUGAUGAGUCCCACCUAGGGUCCAGAGUUAUAUUAAGGUCUCCCUCAAUGAUCAGCACCCCCUCAGCAAACUGUGCAGAGCACGCGGGAAAGAAAUCUAUACUGCCUCUGAUUAG